UGUGUGCACAUGUGUAGUACAUACCUGGGAUCAAAGCCAGCUAUAUAAAGUCCUUGAUUCUGUGUGGGUUCAAACACAUUUCAAAGCUUCAGGAUCCUGAAAGUUUUCGCUCUGCUUCCUGAAGAUCAGAACACCGCUCCCAUAAAGCCAUGGUUUGGUUUGGAUUCCGGAGCCAUGGGGCUCGGCUGGACCUGGCUUCUGGGACCUGGCCCUGCACUGCCCUGUUUUCUCUUCUCUUCAUCCCUGUCUUCUCCAAAGGCAUGCACGUGGCCCAGCCCGCGGUGGUGCUGGCCAGCAGCCGAGGCGUGGCCAGCUUUGAGUGUGAGUAUGGGUCUUCAGGCAAAGAGGCCGAGGUCCGGGUGACCGUGCUGCGGCAGGUGGGCAGCCAGAUGACCGAAGUCUGUGCCGCCACGUACAUGGUGGAGGACGAGCUGACUUUCCUGGAUGAUUCCACCUGCACUGGCACCUCCAGUGGAAACAAAGUGAACCUCACCAUCCAAGGGCUGAGGGCCAUGGACACCGGGCUCUACAUCUGCAAGGUGGAGCUCAUGUACCCGCCGCCCUACUACGUGGGCCUGGGCAACGGAACCCAGAUUUAUGUCAUUGAUCCAGAGCCGUGCCCGGAUUCUGACUUCCUCCUCUGGGUCCUGGCAUCAAUCAGCUCGGGGUUGUUUUUUUACAGCUUCCUCAUCACAGCGGUCUCUUUGAGCAAAAUGCUAAAGAAAAGAAGCCCUCUUACUACAGGGGUCUAUGUGAAAAUGCCCCCAACAGAGCCAGAAUGUGAAAAGCAAUUUCAACCUUAUUUUAUUCCCAUCAAUUGAGAGACCAUUAUGAAGAAGAAAGACUAUUUUCCAGUUUGGAAGAGCUGAGGCAAUUCUAACUUUUUGCUCUCCAGCUAUUUUUGUUUGUUUGUGUAUUUGGGGGGAUUCACCUCUCUUUACUAUAAAGCUGGAUGCAGAACCCAAAUUAAGUGUACUACAAUUGAAAGCAAAGGACCAGGCAAACAGAGCCGGGAUGGUUCUGACACAUCUGAUCCAAUUUUAGCAAAAGCAUCACUUGGGAGCAAUGUGGGGAUGCAGCAUUAUGAGGUGGGAGCAAGGACAUAAGUUAGGAAAUGGUACAGUCCAAAGAAAGCAAAGGAUGAAGUAAGGGAGAGGAUGACACUGUACACAUCUUGUAUGUACAUGUGAGAAGUUUAUAGCUAAAAUGAUGUUUUCAAGUUAAAUUUUUAUGCUGUAUUAUUUUUCUUAAGAAAUAUAUAAUUAUGUGAUGAUUUUAAAAAAGACUCACAUGGCUAUAUUUUAGCCAGUGAUUCCAAAGGUUGUAUUGUACCAAUAUGUAUUUUUUAUCUGAUAGUAUUGUGCAUGGGGGCCACAUGUGCUUUUGUGUAUUUGCUGAUGGUUUGAAUAUAAACACUAUAUGGCAGUGUCUUCCCACCACUGGUUCAGGGGAAGUUUUCUGGAGGGACUCAGGACACUAAUACACCAGGUUGAGUACAAGGUCACUGGCUUGGAAACUGGAUAAGGUCAUAGCCAAUGCUUGCAGACAUGUUGGGCUGAAUUGGUGUUGCCAUGUGCUUUGGGUUUUUAUACCAGCUCUUUUCACGGGUUUGCAAGGAAUCCAAGGCUGGUGGUAUCUGAGUUAACUCAAUAGAACACUGUUGUUGAGAAAUAGGCUCAUUUCAGAAGUCUUGGAGGUAUGGAUCUUAAGGAAGCUCUCAUUCCACAGGGCCCUGAUUCCUUACACAUGGUUAAUGCCACAGACAGAAAAAAAAAAGCAGCAAGUAGGCAGAACGGAGUGUGAAGAUCUCUGAAAACAAACACUGUUGGUGUUUUUUAACUCAAUAUUUUCCAUGAAAAUGCAACAACAUGUAUAAUAUUUUUAAUUAAAUAAAAAUUUGUGGUGGUCGUUUUCCAGA